AUGUUAGAGACUUGCUAAAUUUUACUCAAAUUUUUUGAGUAAAAUGGCAUGAAGACUGCACAACAAGCUUUUAAAUCAGAAAUGCCUAAUCUACUUAGAUCAGCAGAUAAUCUCCACUAUAAAAAUGAUGAUCUGAUAAAUAAUCUCAAGCAGUUUAUGAAAGAAAAUGCAUAAGCAAACGGGAGCAAUAGUAAUGUUUAAAAUAAAGGAUCGAAAGCAGGAUCUUAAAAUGAUGUAAAAGGCAGAAAUGUUUAUAGUCAAUAAGAAACAGAAGUAAUUAUGGAAAAGUUGAUGAAUAAGUUAGUCUCUACAAACAAGUUACUUGAAGAUGAAAAAACAGAUAUCAAUGUUUAAAAGAUAUCCCAAAGUAAAGCGUUUAAAAAGUUAAUUAAAAAGGGGGAUGAUAUAAUAGAAGAUGUAGUUGACUCUCCUAGAUUAAACUUGAAGCAAAAUGAUGACACUCAAAAUAAAAGUAUGCAGGAUCCAAACUAUAUUCCUAUAAGUCAAUCAAGAUAGUUUAAAUAGGAGAUUGAAGCUUAGAAAGUAAAUAAAUUUUAGCAAGAAAUAGCUAUUCCAGGAGAGGAUGUGCUAUUUAUGACUGAAGAAACUCCUAAUUAGAGCAUUACAUAAAGCCAAAAUCUUUAAAUUUACUCCAAAAAGCCUGGCUCUAUGAGAGGUGAAAGGAAAGAGUAAGAUAUUCUAGGGAAAUAGAAUUAAAUGCCUUCAUUUAUCAAGCCUAAAUAAAAUGAUGUCUCCGACUUUUUUUAGAACUCCUAAAGCAUUAAUAUUUUAGAAUAACUCGAAGAACCUAACUUUAUUGAUGAAUACACAGAUGAUGACGACCCUGGCUUCGAUUUGUAUGAAGUACCAGAAAGAGAAUUUUAAAAAAUUGCUGACUAGCUUGCUUUGAAAUGCGAUUUCCCAAAUAGAGCAACAUCUCAAGUUAAAAAGAAACACGUUGACUACAAGAACAUGUUUUUGUAGAAUAAUGAUGAAGACGAUGAAAGUCAAGUAUUAUAAAAUUAACAAAGAAAUGCAAAUAAUAAUAAUAACCCUGGUCAAAACCAAGGAAAUGAGUCUACUGAAUAAAAUAUUUCUAAUGCCGACUAAGAUCUGCUUUCAAGACGUUCUAAUAAUCAAGCAAAAGGAUAUAUUUAUUUGCCAAAGUUCUUGAAGCAUCCACCAAGCAACGAUGAGUUCUAUCCUGUUUAAUUAGAUAAGGCUAUAUAUGAUUGUUUUGAUUUAAAAAUAAUCACCGAUAGAGAAAGAACUGGCUUUGAAGAAACAAAAGAAUUCCCUAUUGUAAUAAAUUCAAUAGUUGCAGGUCGUUAUCAAAUUAUGGAGUAUCUUGGUAGUGCUGCAUUUUCUAAAGCCAUUUAAUGUUAGGACAAACAAACAGGCUAAAUGCUUUGCAUGAAAAUUAUAGAAAAUAAUAAAGAUUACUUUGAUCAAAGUAUAGAUGAAAUUAAGCUUUUGAAGUAUAUUAAUUAUAAUGGUGAUGUAGAUGAGAAAAACGUAUUGAAAGUUUAUGAUUAUUUCUAUCAUAAAGAGCAUCUUUUCAUAGUCACAGAAUUAUUGAAGGACAAUCUUUACGAAUUCUACAAAUUUAACAGAGAAAAUGAAACUUAACCUUACUUCACUUUAGGUAGACUCUAGAAAAUUACAUAAUAGAUAUUAAUUGGUCUAGACUACAUUCACUCAUUAAGACUCAUUCAUUGUGAUUUGAAACCAGAAAAUAUUUUGAUGAAAUCUUAUUCUAAAUGUUAAGUUAAAAUUAUUGACUUUGGUUCCAGUUGCUUUAUCCACGACCAUCUCAGCUCCUAUGUUUAAAGUCGUUCUUAUAGAGCUCCCGAAGUUAUCUUAGGCUGCAAGUAUGACUACAAAAUCGAUAUGUGGAGCUUGGGUUGUAUUCUUGCAGAACUUUGGACAGGCAAUGUCCUUUUCUAAAAUGACACAGUUUAAGGAUUACUAGCUAGAGUUAUAGGUAUAAUUGGACCAAUUCCAGAGUGGAUGUUCUAAGAAGGAAGGUUAGUCAAUAAUUUCUUCACCAACAAAAGACUUCUUUAUCAAGAUGUGUUUGAAGAAGGUGAACCAAGUUAAAAUAUUAAUGACACAUCAGAUAUGCCUGGUAGAAGAUAAAAAAGUGGAAAAAUAUAAAUUUUGGUUCCUAAAAAAUCAAAUCUAAGAGCUAGACUUAAAACAGACGAUUUAAUGUUCCUUGAUUUUGUAAAGAGUUUGCUUUAGAUUGAUAGAACAAGAAGACCAAGUGCAAAAGAAGCUUUAUAACACCCAUGGCUUACCCAAUCUCACUACUAAGAAGAUUAAUGA